AUGCGAGUGUUGGAUUUUAAACACUCCCUUUUUGGGAGCCUUCUUGAGUCUAAUGGACUACGCCAGACACUAUUAGUCUUCCUUCUGAUUCCAUGUUGCUUGACUGUGGAUUUUAGGGCACCCCCUCUUAUCCCUAAUGUGCCUUUCCUCUGGGCCUGGAAUGCCCCAACUGAGUCUUGUCUCACAAGGUUUAAUGAGCCACUAGAUCUUAGCCUCUUCUCUUUAGUAGGAAGCCCCAGAAAAUCUGCCACGGGUCAACCUGUCACGAUAUUUUAUACUGAUCGUCUGGGUCUCUAUCCUCACAUAGAUGACACACAAUUAAUUUUCCAUGGAGGGCUGCCCCAGCUGGGGUCUUUAAAGUCUCAUUUGGAAGUAGCUAAGAAAGACAUCCUGCAUUACAUGCCAAUAGACAAUGUGGGUUUGGCUGUCAUUGAUUGGGAAGACUGGCGGCCUACCUGGUUAAGAAACUGGAGACCCAAGGAUAUAUACAGGAAUAAGUCUAUUGAGUUGGUCCGGCAACAAAAUACACAACUUAAUUUCACAGAAGCCGUCAGGAGGGCCAAAAAAGAAUUUGAAGGGGCAGCAAGACAUUUUAUGGAGGAGACUUUAAAAUUGGGGAAAUCACUUCGGCCAAAUCACUUAUGGGGUUUUUAUCUUUUUCCUGAUUGUUAUAACAAUAAUUUUCAAGUUGCUGAUUACAAAGGAUAUUGCCCUGAUAUAGAAAAGAAAAGAAACGAUGAUCUCUUCUGGAUAUGGAAGGAAAGCACAGCCCUGUACCCAUCCAUCUAUUUGAGGAGUAGCUUGAAGUCAUCUGUAAACGCAGCGCUCUAUGUCAGAAAUCGCGUACAAGAAGCCAUUCGGGUGUCUAAAGUAAAAGACCCUCAUAAUCCACUUCCUAUUUUUGUAUAUUUUCGCCUUGUCUUUACUGACCAAACUUUCCAAUAUCUGCUUCCGACUGACCUUGUGAACACAAUUGGUGAAACAGUUGCUCUGGGUGCCUCUGGAAUGGUAAUGUGGGGAACUCUUAAUUUAUCGCAAACUAUGAAAUCUUGUAUGAACUUACAUGAUUACUUGAAGACCAUCCUGAAUCCUUAUAUAAUCAACGUCACCCUUGCAGCCAAAAUGUGUAGCCAAACACUUUGCCAGGGUCAAGGCAUAUGCUCAAGGAAAGAUUGGAAUUCGGAUGUCUAUCUACACUUGAACCCUCAGAACUUUCAGAUUCAUUUUAUAAAACGAGGAAAGUAUGAAAUCAGCGGUAACCCCACCCUUGAUGAUCUGCAGUACUUCUCCAAAAACUUCCGUUGCAGCUGUUUUGCCAGCUUGAACUGUAAGGAGACAGUUGAUAUAGAAAGUGUGAGCGCUGUCAGUGUGUGUACUCUUGAAGACAUUUGCAUUAACUCCCUCGUCAUUACAAACCGUAAGGAUCUGCCUGACAACUGGGAUCACCCUUACUUUUUUAAUAGCAAUCAGUCAGAUAUUUCAUCAACUGCCAUAAUGAGUCCAUGUGCUCCAAGAAGAGAUGUCAGUGGGUAUCUCUUUGUUCUCUCUAUCUAUUCACAGCAUUUGAAAUACUCGCUAUAG